AUGGUGGUAGCUGUGACAGUUAGCGUGAACUUCAGCAACAAGGGAGAAAUCGAGGAUGAAAAGGAAGCAUCAAAAUCUCACGUAGCUUCCUCGAUGAAAGCGGUGAAAACCCUUUGCGCACCCACCGAAUACCAGAAAGAAUGCGAAGACAGUCUGAAUGCCAACGCCGGCAACGUCACAGACCCCAGGGAACUAAUAAAAAUCGUCUUUAACGUCACCUUUAGUAGAAUCAGCGACGGACUUGGAAAAACGCAGCUCAUGCAGGAAGCCGAGAGCGACCCCAGAACCAAAGAGGCCCUCGACACAUGUAAACAACUCAUGAACCUCUCCAUCGAGGAGUUCAAGCGCUCCAUCGACAGGUUCAACAAGUUCGACCUUAACAGCCUUGACCGCAUCCUCACCAGACUCAGGGUGUGGCUCAGUGGCGCCGUCACGUACCAGGAAACGUGCCUUGAUGCGUUCGAGAACACCACAACCGACGCUAGCAAGAAGAUGCAGGGACUCUUGCAAACCUCCAUGCACAUGACCAACAACGGCCUCUCUAUCAUCAACGACCUGGCGAAAACUCUACGAGAUACGCGGCAACAAGCCUGGGCGCCGCCUCCUGAACUCUACCGAUGCGGCAAUUUCACCAACAUCAACGAUGCUUUGAAGUCCGUGCCCAAGAAAAAUCUAAGGCCCUAUAUUAUCUACAUCAAGGAGGGUCUUUACAACGAGUACGUCGAAGUUGUCAGAAAUAUGACCCAUGUCGUCAUGAUAGGCGAUGGUGGUAAAAAGACAAGAAUCACGGGCAGCAAAAACUUCGUCGACGGAGUUGGUACCUUCAGAACCGCCAGCGCUGCUAUUCUUGGAGAUUUCUUUGUUGGCAUAGGUAUCGGAUUUGAGAACACUGCCGGCCCUGAAAAACAUCAGGCAGUUGCAUUGAGGGUUCAAUCCGACAGGUCCAUCUUCUACAAGUGCCGAAUGGAUGGGUAUCAAGACACUCUCUACGCCCGCACCAUGCGCCAAUUCUACCGCGACUGUGUCAUUUCUGGCACCAUCGACUUUGUCUUCGGUGACGCAGUGGCUGAUCUCCAGAACUGCACAUUCGUGGUCCGAAAACCCUUGACAAACCAGCAAUGCAUUGUGACCGCACAAGGCAGAAAGGAGGUUAACCAGCCAUCCGGUCUAGUCAUCCAUGGAGGGUCCAUUGUGUCAGACGUCAAGUACUACCCAUAUAGGUUCGACAACAAGGCCUACUUGGCUCGUCCAUGGAAGAAUUUCUCAAGGACCAUCUUCAUGGGCUCUUACAUUGGUGACUUGAUCACACCCGAUGGCUACAUGCUAUGGCAAACAUUGGAUGGCUUUUCAAGAAUAUGA